CCUCAAAUAAGCCCCCAUGGAGGCUUAUUUGAAGGAAGCAUAAUUGCAGAAUAAUAUCUUAUUUCAAUUUAUUCAAUUUAUUUCAUUGAGAAAAUUAUGUCGUUUUUAUGUUGACCUUUGAGGAAAAUACUAACUUUUCGGUAUUCAAAUUAUAUCAAUUUUUUGAAAUUAUCAAAACGAGGCCGUCACUAGUGUGAUGGAAGGAUAGUAGAUAGUAAGCAGGUAACAAAGACAUAAAAAGAUGUUUACGAAUGGCAUUGAAAAUCAUAGCUGGGAAUACCUAGCAGAGGGUAAUUCAAGCAUUGUUUUCUCCUGUUGUGAAAUUCGUUGGGUUCUAAGACUCAAUAAAUUUUCGAGUGAUGAAGGAAGCCACAUGAACCGAUCUCCACAAUUCUCUCCAAGUCAGGGACAGCUUUACACAGAGAAAAUUUUGAAGCCUUUGUUUGACGACAAUAGAUAUUUCAUUGAUGCACAAGUUAUUGAAUUGUUAGAUGAUUUCAAAGAUAGGCUGAUAAAAAUUGCUGUCUCUUGUCCAACAAGGCCCGAAGAGAGGAAGUGUAAAAGCCUCACUGCAGGAAAUUUGGCAGUUUUGAUGCCACAUCUAGGUUUUUAUGAAAAUGACACAGAUUUAUGUAAAGAAGGAGGGACUAUAGAUGGAAGCUCCUACUCUAUAGAAAUCAAACCAAAAUGGGGCUUUGUUCCAAAGUUAUCCCCUCAACAUCAAUCAGAUUGUGCAGCAAGUAGUCUAGCAUGUCGUUUCUGCAUGCAUCAAGAGUUAAAACUGGUUGAAGGAAAAAUAAAGUCUCACAGCUUAUAUUGCCCACUUGACUUAUUUUCCCACUGUACCUGUAGACUAAAAAGGGCCCUUCAUUCACUAUUUCAAGAGCCACAAAACAAUUUAAGAGUUUUUCAUAAUGGACAGCUCAUUUAUUCUGGGCUUUUUGUGAAAGAUGGAAAAAGUAGCCUAUCAACGUUGUGUCAUGAUUUUAACAAUAUCCUAGUUCCUGGAAAAGAAAAAAUAUUGGAUGUCAAUAGUCUAGUAAACAUUUUAUCAAGCAUUCUUGUUGCAGAUUCUUGGCAAAAAAGUUUGUCUCUUGUACAAGAAACAAAAAGGUGCAAGGCCAAAACAUCACCUUCCUGUAGGUUAAACGAAAGUGAAGUCAUCGAUGACAGUCAAUGCACACCAUUGGCUUUGAAUGGUGUACUUCAAAAGCUUUUGAAAGUGCAGCAAAUUAGUGACAGUUCCAUGGAUGAAAUAGAUUCCAUAUAUCAGAAAGUUAUCAAGACAACAAAUCAAGAGGAAAUUCUGAAUAAUCUUGGUGACUUUUCCUCAUCAUCAUGGGAAACUUUUACAACAAAAAUGAAAUUUGAUGAACAAAUUUUGAAAAAAGAUUUGGUAGAAGCAACCACUGAAGAGCUUAUAUUUGAACUUCAAAAAUUUCUUGUAGCUGCAACAUUUAGAGACUGCUCAAUCAUGAUAACAUUUAAAGAAGCAACGACAAGGGAAGAAAAACCUCAGAGAAUGAUUAAAGAUUUAUCUACUGGAUGCAACUAUGCAUAUAAGAUAAAGCUAAUUGAUCUUGAUCCAAAAAGUAGUAGCAAGAUUGAAUAUUAUAAGAAAUUAAAUGAUAAAAUUUUGGGUAAUUUUAUACAGAAAAUAAACAAAGACAUAAAAAUACAAGCAUAACUACGAUUAGAAUGGUUUUUAUACUAAAAAAUUGUGUAUAAAUAUGCAUAUUUAACAAAUUAGAUUCCAAACAAAUCCUAAACAAUGUAUUGCAGUUGUAAAGUUGGCCACACAAAAAGAAGUUAUCA